UUGUUGAAUUGCCGAGCUGAAGACCACAUUUUGACUUUGGAGUUGGUAGUGAUCGGCAUUGGGAAUUGGGGCGAGCUAUGACGGAUGCCAUGCCAUGAGCUGUAAAUAGAUCUUGGCCGUGGAUAUGCAGGGUUUUUGUUGUUUGUAUCCAUUCACAUUGGACAUGCAUGAAUAAUAUGAUAUUAGAGUUGAGAGCUGUUAUAUAAAGCAUCACCGACUCUUCAGCUGAAUCCUAAUCCUUCCUGUUCUUCUAUACUCAGCUCAACUCCAUCCUAGAACCAACUAUCUAUACUCCCUAAACAACUUCACAACCGUCAACAUGCGUUUCUCUACCGCCGCCGCUUCCACCGCUCUCCUCGCUCUCGCUGAGGCCCGCAUCACCGGUAUCAAAGUCCCCAAGGAGAUCGCAGUCGGUGAGCCCUUCGAAGCCAUCAUCGUUCGUGAGAACUACAUCCAGAGCGUCUUCGACUCCUCCAUCGUCUUUGGCUAUGCUCCUGAGUCUCAAUACCCCGGCACUAUCGGCCAAGUCGCCGACUCCUUCGCCCUCGGAAAGAAGGAGUCUAACAAGGUUGAGCCUCUGAAGAAGAAGCUCACUAUCCCUGAGGGCGCCCCCAAGGGCAAGGGUCUCGUCACCGCUGCUCUGCUCAGCAUCUACGGUGCUUCUGGAAGCCCUACCAUCAGCGAGUACAAUGUCACCGUCACUUUUGGCGACAAGACUAGCAAGGAGUAUGCUAGCUCAUCAUGAGUUGUUAGAGUUUGAUUACCUAUCUAUGUCAGGGGAUGAAACCUUGACGUGGUGGUGUUGAAUAUGGAGACUGGAUAGGGAUCGUCUUGUGUAGACAAGUCAAAUUUCACUGGUCUGCACAUGAACCGUUUGUAUCUUCUUAGCACAUUUUGCAUAUUAGAACAUAGACGUCACUUAUGAAAAUACUUGAG